AUGAUGGCACAACUCAAUUCAGAGCGAGAGGACAGCCAAGUCCUCAAGCCUUGUGAUGUCUUCGACUUGAUUGGCGGUACCAGCACAGGAGGACUGAUCGCUAUAAUGUUAGGACGGCUAGAAAUGGGUGUCGACGAGUGCACCCUUGCAUACACCGAAUUGAUGGAAUCGGUCUUCAGCGAGAAAAUUAACAAUGUUCCAGUUGAUUGGUCUGGUAACAUUGUAUCGCAAUACGAUAGCAAGAAGCUCAAAAAGGCCAUUGAGAAUGUUAUCACCCGGGCUGGCUUGUCGCCAACCGACCUGAUGAAUGAUGGGAAGCCCCGUCGCUCUAAAACCUUUGUCUGCACAACCUCGAAAGACACUUUGCAAGUCACACGACUUCGAAGCUACCCUGUGCCGAAUGAGACUACGUUACCGGCGACGAUUUGUGAAGCAGCAUUGGCAACGUCUGCCGCGACCAGAUUUUUCGAUUCGGUUUCAAUCGGCAACCACCACUUUGUGGACGGUGCGUUCGGUGCCAACAACCCCAUUGAGGAAUUAGAAGAAGAAGCGGCCGAUAUAUGGUGCACGACUAGCCGAGGUCUGAAGCCAUUAGUGAAAUGUUUGGUCUCUGUUGGAACUGGCAAUCCCGCACAACUUCCCAUGGAUGAUAAUGUGCUUAAGUUUCUUUCAAAGACAUUGGUUAGAUUAGCGACGAAGCCUGAGAGCACGGAGCGUCGGUUCAUGGCUCGAUGGAGCAACGAGGCAAAAAGAAAACGUUACUUCCGUUUCAACGUCGAACAAGGACUGCAGGAAGUUCAUAUGACCGCAUAUGAGAAGCAAAGUGUUAUUGAAUCUGCGACAUAUGCUUAUCUGCAUCAUUCCUCCCAGAAAGUGCGCGUUCGGGACUGCAUUCUGAAUCUAUCUGCCAAGGAAGGAAAGACAAGCAUUGACUUUGAAACAAUCAUACGUGAACAUGGAGCUCGACUUGCUCGCCAUCGAAUCCUGCAAACCGUCCAUUCCUCAGAUGAUCCUCUUCGCCACGGCAAAGCCUCAGGCUGGUUUGUUCCAUUUGAGAGAAACCCUCGCUAUGUAGACCGUGAGGUAGUGGGCAAGGUAAAACGCCGACUAUUUGUCAAGAACCGAGCCGAGCGAUUCGCUAUUUUUGGCCUUGGAGGUAUAGGCAAGACACAAAUUGCCCUGGAGCUUGCAUAUCAGACAAGAGAGCUGUAUCCAGACUGUGCCAUAUUCUGGCUCCCCGCAGUCGAUAUGGAAAGUCUCCAACAAGCAUACCAGACGGUGGCCGACCAUCUUGGAAUCAGCCUCGAUGACAAGAAGGUGGAUGCGAAGAGCCUCGUCAAAGACCAUCUAAGCAAGCCAAGCACCGGGCGAUGGCUGUUGAUCUUUGACAACGCUGACGAUAUUGAUAUGUGGAUCGAAAACAAGGAUUCGAAAGCUGAAGGGCUGAGAGACUACCUGCCCACGAGUGACCAAGGUGCCAUUGUCUUUACCACUCGAAGUAACAAAGUGGCUCAGUACCUUGCUGCAACCGAUGUUGUUCAAAUCUCUGAAAUGGACGAGCACAAAGCUAUUCAUGUAUUGCGAAACUCUUUAGUUGACAAGGAAGCCCUCAACGAUACCGAAAGUACUCGAAAGCUCCUCAGACGGUUGACCUUUCUUCCUUUGGCUAUUGUGCAAGCUGCUUCUUUUGUCAACGAAAACAGAAUCACGCUAGCCAGCUACGUUCAGCUUUUGGAUGGGCAGGAACAGAACGCCAUUGAUUUACUGAGUGAGGACUUCGAGGACGAAGGUCGAUAUAAAAGCAUUCGGAACCCUGUCGCGACUACCUGGCUCACAUCCUUUGAGCAAAUUCGACGACAGAGUCGCCUCGCUACGGACUAUCUCUGUUUUAUGGCCUGCGUGAAAGAGAAGGAUAUCUUGAUCUCACUUUUCCCUCCAGCACCGAUAGUCGAACAGCAAAAGGCGAUCGGUAUCCUCAGCUCCUAUUCCUUCGUACGCAUGAGGCAUGAAGACUCUCGCCUCGAUAUGCAUCGUUUGGUUCACCUCGCAACAAGGAACUGGCUACAGUCAGUCGGUUCACUCCGGGAAUGGCAACUGCACGUAUUGCAUUGCUUAGCUGCGCGUUUCCCCCUGGUUGACCCUUUGAAUCGGAGCCAACGGCGAGCGGCAAUACCUCAUGCUCUCCAGAUACUCAAUCUCACCGCGAGCGAAAAUCAGCUUCCCGCUUGGCUGCACGUUUUACAAUCGGUAGCCACAUGUCACAUUGGAGACGGAAGAUACAGAGAAGCCGAGAAGCUGUUCAGCGAAGCUCUCGAAAUUUCGGAGACUUUGUAUGGUCCUGAAAAUCUAUAUACACUAUCUGUUCGUACCGGACUGGCGGAUAGCUACUCGAUCCAAGGCAAAUCAGCGAAAGCGAUCAAACUAUCCAAGGAGGUAAUAGAAAAGAUAACAAAUAUCUAUGGACCUGAGAGCCUCGAAGCUACCCGAGCUCUUUUCCACUUAUCGCGCGUAUACCGCGAAAAGGGUGAUCAUUACAAGUCACAAGAGCUUUGCAGGAAAGCCAUCCCGCGCUUCCUGAAAGAUGUUGGGCCGGGCUCUGCUGAGACAAUGGAUGCGAUCUAUACCCUAAUCAUGACCUAUAUCUCCCAUGGACAGUUCUCGGAUGCGACGGCAUUAUCUUUACAAUCAUUGGAUAUAAACAAAAAGGUAGUUGGGGCAGACCAUCCUCGAACGACCGGGAUUAUGAUUGGAAUGGCCUGGAUGUACAUGGAGCAAUGGCGACUAAAAGAGGCCGAGGCGUUGUUAACAGAAGCACUUGAGAUUCGGAAACGCACAUAUGGGCCUGAACAUCCUGAAACAAUCAACACAAUGAUGUCGCUAGUUAGGGUAUGGGAGUGCCGGGGUCAACGCAAAAAGGCCAUUGCUCUGCGGACAGAGUGUAUUCAUAUCAGUAGUCAAUUGCAUGGUUCAGAUCAUUGGGUUACCGCGAGCUUUCGCGCAGAAUUAGAGGAAUUGACGAACCCCAAGUGA